AUGAACACAGAGGUAGACGUUUUCUGCGCAGAGGUGGGGGAUGUGUGUGUGGAUCUGGAGUCAAUGAAUAGAGAGGUGGAAAUUAUUUAUGAGGAGGUGGAGCAUGUUGAAAAUGUCAAUCCUGAACAUCAGGAGUUAGUUGGGCCUAUAUGUGCAGAGAAUACAAUUGACAGACCGUCCACCCACAAAGAAAACCUAAAUGAAGAGAAGGGGGUCACAGAGGAGGGGAUUGAGAAGGAUGAGCAGGAGAGAAAUGAAGCUGGUUAUGUCCCCCAAACUGACACGGACCAAGGACGUUCCGAAUGUACACCACAAGAAGUAAUGAACCAGCCUGAACUGGUCACAUCCUGUCUGCAUCAAAAACCCACAUUAGGGUUCCAGAGACUGGACUUCAGUGGCUUACCACUCCCAAUGUCCUCACCCUCUCAACCAAUGAGAAGAAACACAAGGCAGCGGAUGAAGAAUGUGGGAUCAAAAGGAUCCAAUGGAGGGCAGCUCAAGGCAUUGGAGGAGGAGGCUAAUGGGACCUGGGCCGGCCCGUUACACCUGCCUCCAGAGCCAAGGUAAGAAUGUGGGGUGGGAGGGGACUUAAGGUUUUAAAGCAAUUUCACCAUUUACUUUAAAGGACCACAACGGAAAUAAGUCAUUGACUUCAUUGUGUUAUCCCUGCCUAGUUUUUAAAAUCUCUGUACUUUUUAAAUUUUAUUUAUUUUUUACUUACAAAUAAAAUAAAUCAAUCAAGUGCAGUGUCAUUGGACAUCAAUUGUGCUUUAUCGCUAUCGUUAGGGAAGACUCUGAAGACCUCAGCGCCACUUCUGACAGCUCCCCAAUGAAUGGAAAUACAGGUUUGCAAUGUUAUAUCAACACAAGUUUUCUAUGGCACUUGGUAUCAACAAUGUAAGUGUAGGCACUCUUGGAUAUCGUUAGAAUUUUCUGAAUGUUGAAUCAUUUUAAAUGACUAGAUUUGGCAAUGUUGAAUAUGGUCCAGAUGCCUGACUCAGAAUAUGUUGGAUUAUAAUUAUUGAUAAUAUUUUCUAAAUAUCCUCUCUCUGUUCCCCUGCAGGUGGGACGGUGGAGGCUCCCUCUCUUGUCUUCGCCUGCUCUCUGUGCUCUUUUACCCACGCCGACAAGGUGACCCUCCGGCAGCACCUUAAAGAGCUUCACCCAGAGGAGUACAGAAGGUUGCUGGCUGCUGGAGGAAAUGAAACAAAAAUACCUCCAGGGUCUUCCAACAGCACCCCUCUGAACCCAUGUCUCUCAGACAUUCCCCACACACUGGGGAAGUAUGGCAAACAUACACCAUGCUCCAAAACAUGCUCUGUGUGUGGAAAGACCUUCUCUCGAGCGACGGAUAUGAGGAGACACCAGAGAUCCCACACUGGGGAGCGGCCUUAUGAGUGCACUCAAUGUGGGAAAACUUUCCAGUACUCCUUCGACUUGAAAAGACACCAGCGAAAGGGCCAAGGGUCAAGGCCGUUCCAGUGCUGUGCGUGUGGGGAGGGCUUCGAUCGGGAGGAAGAUCUAAAGAUGCACUGCAGAGUGAAUCAUUCAGCAGAGUCCCCAAUCUCUGAUGAUGACGUUGGGAUCAAGUUAAACCUCCCAGCAGGCCUUGAGAGUGACCAGUGUCCCAGCGAAGAAGGUCAACACAAAUGUCCAGAAUGUGACAUGUCUUUCAGUCAGAUGUCCCAAAUGAAGCGACACCAGCUGAUUCACUCCGACGGUGACCCACUCCGGUGCAACCAGUGUUUGAAGAAAUGCCCAAACUCUGAUGCCCUCACAAGACACAUGCAAAUUCACGAUGGAGCUCGACCAUUCCAGUGCUCUAUGUGCAAAAUUAACUUCACGCAGCUAGUUUGUCUUAGGCAACACUACUUGAAUACUCAUAAGGAAGAUGGUUCAUUUCUGUGUUCCCAUUGUCCUAAAAGUUUCUCAAGGCUAUCGAACUUGAUCAAACACCAGAGAACUCAUACAGGUGAGCGGCCCUACCAGUGCUCUCACUGUCCAAAGAGAUUCACACAACUACAGAUCUUGACUAGACAUGAGAGAAUUCACACAGGAGAGAGACCAUUUCUUUGCCCUGAUUGUGGAAAAAGUUUUCUGUCCUCUGGUGAAUUGUCAAAACACCUUCAGUGUCACUCAGAGGAGAGACCCUUCCCUUGUCUCGAGUGUGGAAAGACUUUCAAGGCCAAUCGGUUUUUAAAGAAACACUUACAGACUCAUACAGGGGAUCGUCCUUUCCCCUGCUCCCAGUGUGGGAAGAGAUUUUCCAAGUCGACUGAUCUGACCAGGCAUAAUCGCAUACAUACAGGGGAGAGGCCACAUACGUGCUCUCAGUGCGGUAAAAGUUUCUUAACUUACUCCGAAGUGGUGAAACAUCAGCGGUACCACACUGGAGAACGACCAUUCAAAUGUGCGCAGUGUGGGAAAAGUUUCACCCAGUCCUGCUAUCUUACAGUACAUCAGCGGAUACACACAGGAGAGAAGCCCUACUCUUGCAGCGUGUGUGGUAAUCGCUAUAACAGCACCACUCCACUGAAGAGACACAUGCUCAGCCACACGGGAGAGAAGCCAUACGUGUGUACUGAAUGUGGGAAGGCUUACAACAGAUUGCAUCUUCUGCGGACACACCAGCGAACUCAUGCAGCAGUUGAGGCUGUUUGUUGAGGAUAUUGGUGUGUCAUUUGCUAUUCAUAUGUUGUAGUGUCUUUGGAUCAUUUGUUGUUGUUUUUUGGAAAUUAAAGUAAAACAGGACCUUUGUAUUAGAGGCCUGUAACAAGAGUUGAGCCUGAUACUGUGAAUUGUUAAUUCUGUCCCGCUGUGCUUAGUACAUACAACCUCAAUUAAAACGAAACAUUGGAAUUUGAUUAUGUAUUUUUGAGUUGUGCUUUUUGCUGUCAGGAAUCAUACAUCAAAGGGCAUAUUAUUUUAUUUAGAUUACUUACCUUGUUUUGACAUUAAAAAGAGUGAAGUAUUGUGCACCUUCCUUUGUAGAAUGAAGAGGACAGUUGCUACCGGCACACAUGACAUUGGGGCUGGUUGUUGAGGAGAGGCGAGUGUCAGGCUUCUACUGCACGUUCAAAGCUGAGGGGAAAUAUGUAUUCUCAAAUGUAGGUUUGAGUGUUGUCUUUAUGGCUGAUAUACAUAAUAUUAAUCAAUCUCCUAUCUCGGUCAAUAGACAAUACAGUAUUUCCUUUUCUAAGGGACCCCUUUUGGCUCAUCAGCACCCCCAGAGGCAACACUUCUGUUUGUUUAACGGAGUAUUCCUUAUUAAAAGAGAAGAGAAAAUGUAAUAAAAGUAGCGUUGCUUAUUUUUGUCUUGCAGUUGGCUACAAUAUUUUUCAAAAGAAAGUCAACUAAAAUCUAACACAUCAGAGCCAUGUUAGUAUGAACGUAGGCAGUCAGCUUGGAGGGCCACUUCUAUUCUAUGAAUUUUAUUUUGGAAAAGGUACAGCGGAAUGAAAAUUAUUAGUCUUUAGCCUUGGGUACCGGAAGUUUUGGGGAAGUAGAUCGAUGUUACUUCGCUCGUUAGGGAGCAGUCAAAUAAUUUGGUUUUCACAUUAUUCUGCGCUUUUACACAACUACAUUUAUAGCCAUGGAUACAUGUGGACUAUCUAAAGAUAUCAAUGGUUUGUAAGAAAAUAAGUUGUUAUAGCUACCUUGCUAGCUAAUAUCUGCAAAACUAAUAUCAAAAGCCCCAUGGAAAAAUGGGAUAGCUAGCUAUCAGUUGAUGGCCGGCUAAAGUCGGUUGUUGUGACUGCAUUGUUAAGCUAAGUGUGCUUGUAAUCGUAUCUAACUAGCUAUCAAUUUAAAAUAAAGACAAUGUGAAUAGUACAAAGUUAUUGCUUAAUGCAAAUUAAUCCUGACAAAGGCGAAUAUCUGAUGCUACUCUUCUAUUCUAUGGAGCCCCAUCCUGUAAUGACUGGAUGAGAAAUGCAUGCCCGCCAUCAUUAGCUGACAGACAUAAUUAUGUACUACCACUGUGUAUAUUUCGAACAGUGUUUUCCGACUUCUGAUUGAAUGUUUGUCAAUUUGUACAUCUACAUUUCAGAUCCAGUUCUCAGUCUCUCUUCUCUGCACCUCCUGGUUCCACCCUUGCGGCUCCUGUCUGCUGCCAUGUGGCAGGUGGCUCAGCAAAGAGAUGUGAGGCACUAUGAGAAGCUGGAGGAGUUUGUGACUCUGGUGACAGAGGCCAUUCCAGAGCUGCUGAGCCACAGACAUAGAGCCCAGCUCAUUCUGGGUCUGAGAGCACGGGUGAGAGACCAGCCAGGGGGCAUAGGGUUAUUCAGUUGGGUGGAGAGCCCUGAAAGGCGCAAAUGAAAUAUAAUAAUAUAAUAAUAAUAUGCCAUUUAGCAGACGCUUUUAUCCAAAGCGACUUACAGUCAUGCGUGCAUAAAUUUUUACGUAUGGGUGGUCCCGGGGAUCGAACCCACUACCUUGGCGUUACAAACGCCGUGCUCUACCAGCUGAGCUACAGAGGACCAAUAUAUUGAACAGAAGAGAUAUAAUUUCCUAUGAUGAUGAUGAUGAGUAGAGAAUUGGGUCUGUUCUAUACAUUAUGUAACUGUCUGCGAUCCUAUGAAUCGUUCUCCCCACCUGAGUUGAUUGAAAGAUAACAAUGACUGUUUUUCCAGCUAAAGGUUUGUACCACAGUUAAUACUUGUUUCUACUGGGUGUGAUUCAGCUGGUUCUGGAGCUGUGCCGAGGCCCUGCUGACCCUCAUACCAUCCAACCUUACCUGGACAGAAUGCCCACUGUUACUCCAGGGUGCACAGGAGUAAGUGGGCUACAGUCCUUUUAGAACAGAACUUGGCUGUUUUCCAAGUGGAUUUGAGUGCACUCAGCCACAAUGUGAUGAGAUGAUUGUAUUUGUUUACUGUCUUGCAGUACAGAGAUGCAGAAGUGGAAGCAUCUGAAUCCAAUUUUGUGAUGCUUGUCCAAUCCCUGCUAAAGGACCCAGUCGAGAGGGAGUGCUUCUUUCAGGUAAUUUUACGCUCGGUACACCAAGGUUUCGCUGAAAACAAUGGGAGUGUCUCACGCCCGGCAAAAGUUACUCGUCCAGGCCUUCAAGAAAAAAAAGUACUUGAAGUUACAAUCCAUCGCCUUGCCUUCAUUUAAAUAAUCUUACUCCAACAGGAGGUGUUCCCGGAACAAUAUGGCCAACAUUAUGACGCAGCGGUGCAGACGUUAACAUGGGAGUUCCUCUCCAGACUGGAACAACUGUUUCCAGUACCAGACCUCAAGCAGGUAUUGAGCAUUAUGGCAUAUAUAGCUUUUGGCAAUGUAGCCUUUCUGAUAUAGGAUGUAGCAUAACUCUAGCACAGGUUAGGAAUAGUACAUUUUGGGAAGACAAUUCUUUAGGCUACAUUGAUUGAACAUAAAAUGCAUUUCUAAAAUGCAUUCCCUUUCAGACUGCGACAUGGCUCAGCGCUGCCCCUUCAGUCCUGGAGGAGUGUGUGCAGUCUACCCCAGAGAAUCUGAACCUCAUUCUCCAGCACCAUAAGAGUUUUGGACAUUUAAAAGUAUCUUGUAAGUCUCCUGUAAUGAUUACCACAUCAUGAUGCAACGUUUUGUAGCACAGUACGGUUUCCAACUCACAGGUCUUUUUAUGACAAAGUUCUUGUUUUCUCUCGUUCAGCUGCUCUCUCCUCCUCCAUGGGCGACAGCAUCCUCUCCUCUCUGUCCACCCCUAAAAUGGUGGUCGUCACUGAGCCGACCACUUUUGUCAUCCGGUCAGAGUCAUCACAUAACUCUGCAGACGUGCUGGGCCCCAUGUCUUUAGAGGACACUGAUGCUGUAGUAGUAACUGUUUACACUGAAGUGGAGGUUGGAACAGAGGUUGAAGAAGAGAUUGUAGAGACAAUGAACGAGGAAUACGUACCGUCGAACACCUCUCCACUGCGGGAGGAGGUGGUUGAACUUAAAGCUGAGGAUAUGAAUCUGGAGAUGACCGUCGUUGAACAAUUUGACUACGUGGGGGAGGAGAUGAGUGCAGCUGAGGAAGAGAUGGACACAGCGAGUGUUCCGGUGGAGCAAGCAGAUGAAGCCGUUAAUAUCAGUGAAGACAUUAGAACUGCGACAGAGACUGUAGCAGUCAAAAAGGAUGUCCAAGAUGAUCAGGAUGGCCAAUCGGAGACUGUGAAUGUAUGUGUGAACCAGGAAGGGAAGGACACGUCCCAUGGGGUCACCUUUCAAACCCAACAACCUGCGUCGUCAAAUGUGAGGCGGUCUACACGGCUGCAGUCGAAGACACCAAGAAAUUGGCGGAGGAAAGGGAACACAGAGAACAAGUAUGAGUGAUGAUUAGAGAUUAGGAGUGCUGUCAUUUAACAAAGAAUCAGCCAUUUUGUCAUCAAAUUAGUGAUAUUUUUGUAUUGUUUUCUAAUCACAGGAACAAUGGUGAGGCCUCAAGCGUGGAUUACGUCAUCUUACCCAGGGGAAGAGAAGCCGGUAAUAAUGAGCUCUCCAACUAUUCUGACAUUGAUGUCAUCAGGGAAAUGGUUUGUACAGUGAGGGAAAAAAGUAUUUGGUCCCCUGCUGAUUUUGUACGUUUGCCCACUGACAAAGAAAUUAUCAGUCUAUAAUUUUAAUGGUAGGUUUAUUUGAACAGUGAGAGACAGAAUAACAACAAAUAAAUCCAGAAAAAGGCAUAUCAAAAAUGUUCUAAAUUGAUUUGCAUUUUAAUGAGGGAAAUAAGUAUUUGACCCCCUCUCAAUCAGAAAGAUUUCUGGCUCCCAGGUGUCUUUUAUACAGGUAACGAGCUGAGAUUAGGAGCACACUCUUAAAGGGAGUGCUCCUAAUCUCAGUUUGUUACCUGUAUAAAAUACACUUGUCCACAGAAGCAUUCAAUCAAUCAGAUUCCAAACUCUCCACCAUAGCCAAGACCAAAGAGCUCUCCAAAGAUGUCAGGGACAAGAUUGUAGACCUACACAAGGCUGGAAUGGGCUACAAGACCAUCGCCAAGCAGCUUGGUGAGAAGGUGACAACAGUUGGUGCGAUUAUUUGCAAAUGGAAGAAACACAAAAGAACUGUCAAUCUCCCUCGGCCUGGGGCUCCAUGCAAGAUCUCACCUCGUGGUGUUGCAAUGAUCAUGAAAACGGUGAGGAAUCAGCCCAGAACUACACGGGAGGAUCUUGUCAAUAAUCUCAAGGUAGCUGGGACCAUAGUCACCAAGAAAACAAUUGGUAACAGACUACGCCGUGAAGGACUGAAAUCCUGCAGCGCCCGCAAGGUCCCCCUGCUCAAGAAAGCACAUAUACAGGCCCGUCUGAAGUUUGCCAAUGAACAUCUGAAUGAUUCAGAGGAGAACUGGGUGAAGGUGUUGUGGUCAGAUGAGAGCAAAAUCGAGCUCUUUGGCAUCAACUCAACUCACCGUGUUUGGAGGAGGAGGAAUGCUGCCUAUGAACCCAAGAACACCAUCCCCACCGUCAAACAUGGAGGUGGAAACAUUAUGCUUUGGGGGUGUUUUUCUGCUAAGGGGACGGGACAACUUCACCGCAUCAAAGGGACGAUGGAUGGGGCCAUGUACUGUCAAAUCUUGGUUGAGAACCUCCUUCCCUCAGCCAGGGCAUUGAAAAUGGGUCGUGGAUGGGUAUUCCAGCAUGACAAUGACCCAAAACACACGGCCAAGGCAACAAAGGAGUGGCUCAAGAAGAAGCACAUGAAGGUCCUGUAGUGGCCUAGCCAGUCUCCAGACCUUAAUCCCAUAGAAAAUCUGUGGAGGGAGCUGAAGGUUCGAGUUGCCAAACGUCAGCCUCAAAACCUUAAUGACUUGGAGAAGAUCUGCAAAGAGGAGUGGGACAAAAUCCCUCCUGAGAUGUGUGCAAACCUGGUGGCCAACUACAAGAAACGUCUGACCUCUGUGAUUGCCAACAAGGGUUUUGCCACCAAGUACUAAGUCAUGUUUUGCAGAGGGGUCAAAUAUUUAUUUCCCUCAUUAAAAUGCAAAUCAAUUCAUAACAUUUUUGACCUGUGUUUUUCUGGAUUUUGUUGUUGUUAUUCUGUCUCUCACUGUUCAAAUAAACCUACCAUUAAAAUUAUAGACCGAUCAUGUCUUUCUCAGUGGGCAAACGUACAAAAUCAGCAGGGGAUCAAAUACUUUUUUCCCUCACUGUACAUAUUUACAGUAGGAAAAACUGAGGGACCAACAUUUGCUAAAGACAUUAAUGGUUUGUAAGAGAUGUAUUGUAUAUCUACAGGUCUUUCAUUCUGUGGUCUCUCAACAACUUAUUUUUCAAUGAGCAUACCUUAUAUUUCAUUCCCAAGUCAUGCAAAUAAAACAUGCCUUGUCUGACUUCUGUCUCCAGGUGAAUCUGACAAGGUGACCCUCUUUACCUGCCCCAAGUGUGCCUACCACAGUCUGGAGGAAAAGAGCCUUCACCUCCACAUGCAAAGCAUUCACACAGAGGAGUACAACAAGCUCAAUGCGUCUGGGAAAAACAGAGCAGAGGUUUCACCAUGUCCUGACAACACUGACCAGAUAUUCACAUCAAUCAAACCUCUCCUUUCUUCAAACCCCUUAAUAACUGAAAACUCUGAGAAUCAAACAGAUAAUGCUGGGACUCGCACCAAAGCAAAAGGCUACCAUAAGUCCCACACAUGCGCCACGUGCGGUAGGAUCUUCACUCGCUCGUCAGAUGUGAGGAGACACCAGCUCACCCACACGGGUGAGAGACCCUUCCACUGCUCUCAAUGCGACAGGACCUUCCAGCACUCGUGGGACCUGACCAAGCAUGAGAAGAAACAUGGUGGGACAUCCAUCUCUUUCCCCUGCCAGCAGUGCGGGAGCUCCUUUGCCAACCUCCGCUCUCUGACAGCCCACCACAGAAGUUCCCACCUGGGCAAGAGCGACCUGCCCCACCUCUGCUCCAUCUGUGGCAAGAGCUUCCCCUCCUCCUCAGAGCUGCUGGAGCACAGGAAGAGCCACGGGACCAGCCUACAGUACAUCUGUCAGCAGUGUGGUGAAAGCUUUCACUCCCUGCUGGCUCGCUCCCAACACCGGCAGACCCACCUGGUAAAGCGGCAGUUCAAGUGCCCCCACUGCGACAAGAGCUAUACACGCAAAGCUGAUGUGAAGAGGCACAUGUUCACCCACAGCGGCGAGCGACCGCACCAGUGCAACCAGUGUGGGAGGUGCUUUUCCUUCCUCUUCCUGCUCAAGAAACACCAAAUAGUUCACACAGGCGAGAGACCUUUCCAGUGCUCCCACUGUCCCAAGAGGUUCACAUUGAUAUCCAUCCUGAGCCGACAUGAGAGGAUGCACACCGGGGAGAGACCCUUCCUCUGCUCUGUGUGUGGGAAGAGCUUUCUGUCCCAGGGGGAGCUGUCCAAGCACCACCGCUCCCACACUGAUGAGAGACCGUACGCUUGCAAUCAGUGUGACAAGAGGUUUAAGAGUAAAAAAUCCCAACAGGAACAUAUCAUAUCCCACACCGGCGUGCGCCCUUACCCCUGCUCUUAUUGUGGGAAAGGAUUCACCAAACCAUACGCUCUGACCAGGCACCAUCUCAUACAUACAGGGGAAAGACCAUUUUCCUGCACCCACUGUGGGAAGACAUUUCUCACCCCCGCAGAAGUACAACUACACAUGCGCAUUCACACAGGGGAACGCCCUUAUCCCUGCCCUGAUUGUCAGCUGAAGUUUAGGAGUUCGUCAGACUUGGCACGACACAAACGCUUUCAUACAGGGGUGCAGACAUUUGUCUGUAACCAGUGUAUGAAAAACUUUCCCACCUCAUCCAAACUGAAGAAACACAUGGAGAACCAUUCAGGGACAGAGGCUGUCCAGAGAUCAGACUUUGGAGAAAAUUCCAACCAAGCGUGAAUUAAGUGCAGUAGCACAUUGGCAAAAAUUGUAGACACUAUUAAAGCAAAUUUGCCUUCACAGCAAUUAUAUGCUACAAUGUCUCUGUAAAGGAUGAUAUUUCAACACCAUUAGAUCUCUAAAACUAUAAGAUAUAUUUUCAGUCUGGCUCAUGGCCAUUGAAAUAUAGCUGUCAAUUAUAAUGUUGUGUCUGAUCAAAGUGAGUAGCAACUCAAUCAUGUCCUUGACUUAUUUUAUUGUAAAACUAUUCAUGCUCAGCAUCUUGAAUGCAACAGUUUUAAACAGUAAAAUCAGUGCUAUGAUCAUCCAAUUAGUAGUCAAUCAUUUGCUGGUAUAUUGGAAGCCCUGGUAAAUUAAAAUGUUUGUCAAUAACUUUAGAAGAAUGUCAGAGUAAAAUGUUCUGUUACGUUAUUGAACCAGCCUUAGGUGGAUGCCAACUUGUCUCCUUGUCUUGACAGUUCCCAGCACAAUAAAUGUAUUUUGUUCAA